UAAUUGGCAAUAUGCUGGUUCCAUGACAGGUCACUGGUGAUGGUCACGCCAAGGUACUUGUGGCUGGAUGUCCUGUCUAUGACUAGCUGAUCUACAUUGUAGUUGAAGAGAUUGGGUUUGGUCUUAUGAGUGAAGGUGAGGAUUUGGCACUUGGAGGCGUUGAUCUGCCAUGUGUCUGCCCAUUUGAACACUAACGCUCCCCCAGCGCCACACUGACAGCCACAAAUUUGCUUCAAAGUUGACAUUCUUUUCUGCUAUCAUAAGCAAGAUAGCAUGAAACAAUGAGGAAUUUAGGCCUACUACACCUUCAACCAUGUGCGAGUGCGUUUGAGUUGACUGCCCAGAUGAUAUACUGGCGCAUUCAGACACUGGAGCUCCAGUGACGCUGUUCUGGACACCGCCAACGGCACCGAGCGGUCUGGACAUUGUGAGCAGCACAGCCGACCGAGGGGAUCGCUUCCCAGUAGGACAGACACUAGUUCAGUACAACUUCACUGAUAGCUUGGGAUCCCGUCAGGAAACCUGCACCUUCAACGUGACAGUAUUAAUUGGUGAUGCCCCUCCAGUGAUCCAGUGCCCAAACAAUGUAACUGCCUUUGCUCGUGCCGGAACGCAACGGUUACAAGUUAAUUGGGACGACGUCAGUGGGACACAGGCCGAGUUCAGCUUGUCCUAUAGAAACUAUUUUCCCGGGGAUGUGUUUGUCCUUGGAGACACUGUGGUCACCUACUUGUGGGGUAGAGAUUCUGAAGAAGAAUUUUUCACUUGUUCUUUCACAGUAACAAUUGAGACAGAAGAGCUGCAGACAGUGGACUGCCCAAAUAAUAUGCUGGUGCAGUCAGACACUGGGGAUCCAGUUGUAAUGUUCUGGACACCGCCAACUGCACCGAGCGGUCUGGACAUUGUGAACAGCACACACAAUCCAGGGGAUAGCUUCCCAGUACAGAGAAUCACAACAGUUCAGUACACCUUCACCAAUAGCUUGGGAUCCCGUAGGGGAACCUGCUCCUUCAACGUGAUAGUAACUGUGCCUUGCCCGCAAGAGGUUUACCUUGAAGGAAAUCUGACGUUUCCGCAAACCAGAUUUGGACAGACGGCGCAAUCACUGAACCUCUGCCCCCAGCUUACUGUCCGAGCGGGAAUGCCGCGUGCCACCAGAGACUGCGUCGGUGACUUAUUUCAACCGCAGUGGAAGGAGCCGGUCAUUCUCAAUUGCAUUGAGGGGGACGUCACUGAAAACCUUGAUGAGCUUGCAAAUAUGACAGUGACUUCUGAGAAUGCUGAGGAAGUAGCCAUGGAGACAGCAUCCCUGACGUCCGACGCCAGCGCCAUCAGUCCCGCGGCAGUAACGUCUGUCGCUGGAAUUCUGGAGAAACUGGCAGUUGCCAACAACACUUCCCCAGAGGUUGCCGUGCAAAUCGUCGAGAUAGUCAACAACGUCCUCCAAAUUGACAACGAAACCACCUUGGAUGAGGCAAGCCGUGACAACUCUCCGUCUCGCAUCGUGCUGGCCCUGGAGUCCUUCGUCACAGCGUUGCAUAACAGCGGGGCCGGUAACUUCACCGAGGUACAGAGCAGCGUUGCCGUCCAGGCCCUCUCCCUUCCCCGUCGAGCCCUGUCCAAUGGCCUGGGCUUUGCGUCUUCCCUCAACGACUCGGGAACGGACGAUCUAACCGACAAUCAGAUCUCUGUGUUCACCGAAGAAGACCUGGAAUUGGAAACGGAAGCCUCGAUUUUCCUUCCAGCUGAAAUCCUUGACAGUAUUUCAAAAGGCAAUUAUAGUGACCAAGUUCCGAUAAGUUUCUUCCUGUAUCAGAAUAGCAGGCUGUUUCGUUCUCCCACGUUGAACGAAGCGACGAGGCCCGAGAAGGAAGUGAGGCGGGCUGUAGGUAGCCGCAUCAUUGCUGCCACUGUAGAGGGCGUAAAAAUCAACAACCUGCGCAUGCCCGUCACAAACGUGUUCAGUCUGCUCAAUGCGAGCGGUGGAGAUGAGACAGUCGACAGUGCGGAGUGCGUGUUCUGGGAUUUCAUUCUGAGUAACGGCAAUGGCGAUUGGUCCACCGAGGGAUGCAGGAAGGAAUCCCUGCCCAAUGGCAUCAUCCGAUGUCUGUGUGACCACCUAACCAGCUUUGCUGUUAUUGUGGACAUUCAUGGGCAACAGAACCACCUCUUUUUGGAUGUCGUAAGCAAGAUCGGCUGUGCCGUAUCUGUGGUGGCUCUGAUAAUCACUCUGGUCACAUAUCUGUACAGCAAGAAACUUCGGACCAAGCGUCCCCAGCAGAUCCUGAUCAGCCUGUGCUUUGCCUUGCUGGCUCUCUACUUAAUAUUCUUGGUGGGUAUCGAGGCUACAGCUUCCCGGGGAGGCUGCACCUUUGUGGCAGUUCUGAUCCACUACUUCACCUUGGCAGCCAUUGCCUGGAUGGCCGUGGAAGCCACCGACAUGUACCUUCUCUUUGUUCUGGUGCUCAAAGCCGAAGUUGCUCACUCCCUACUCACUCUGCUCAAGGCCUCCAUCAUAGCCUGGGGUCUUCCAUUGGUGGUUGUCGUCAUUAUUCUAGCUGCUGAUUACACCCAGUAUGAGCACCCAGAUUACUGCUUCCUAAAGCCUGGUAAUGCCAUUUACUACGGCCAGAUACUUCCAAUCGGCUUGGUGCUCCUCUUCAACUUUGUCAUUUUUACGCUGGUGACCCGCCAGCUGAGCUGCGACCGCAUGACCAACGGGAGUUCCUCGGACAAGAGCCAGCGGGAGGAGAGGAUACGUCGGCUCCAGAACGCCGUGGCCAUCUCGGUCCUCCUGGGCCUGACCUGGGUCUUCGGGCUUCUCUCGGUCAUCCAGGCUGCCAGCUUUGCCUUCCAGGUCCUCUUCGCCAUCUGCAACUCUCUACAGGGGCUGAUGAUCUUCGUCCUGUUCUGCGCCAUGAACCAACAGGUGCACCAAGUUUGGAGGGAAAUGUUCCCAUGCCAGAGGGAUGCCCACCGCCGUGGAUUGGUGUCCGGUACCGGCCUUGACUCCGGCACCCGAGGCGGUAUCCCGCUGUCCAGUAAGGGUACAAAGACCACCGAUUUCAGCGAAGCAAGUCAAACUCAAUCCUAGGCUUUUCCCUAUUCUUUGAUAUACCGCAAAAUUAAAUCGCUGCUACAUGUACAUCAGAUUCGAACCGGCCAACUGAUCCUGCAUGCUCGGUGGUCGAAUGAUAAGGUCAAGUAGAAAGCAGGAUCACACGAUCAUUCGAGUCCCACCCGAGUGUUUUUUCCCCAACUUUUACUGAGUAUACAGUGUUUAUACGUCGCUGAAGGGCAAAACCUAAUAUUUGAUUUACAUCUCCCGACGCAAAUUCAUCGUAUGAAUACAAUUUAUAUUUUAUACGGUAUAUUUAGCUGUUCCCAAUUUCAAUUGGGAACAGCUCUUGUUUUCGUUAAAGUUUUUUUUUUUCCUU